GUCAGAGGUGGGGGCAGGUGUCAGUGCCCUGGGGGCUCCGCAGCUGCGGGGUGGGGCUCCUGGGGCACAAGCAUAGACUCAUCUGUCCUGGCGACUCACCUGGAGGCCGGCUUGGAGGUGGCAGCAGCAGCUUAUCAAAUCCUCCCGGGUCCCCCUUCCCUAGCCUAGCCCCGGGAGGGUGGAUGGAGGUGGGCGUGUGGGCGUGGGGCGCCCAGGACCUGCCGGACCUGUGGGACCCGGGGCCCCGGCUGUCUGGGGAGGCUGUCACCUGGAGAAGGCAAGCUCUUCCGGGGCUGGGACAGCUGUGGGCGGCGGGAUGUCUCACCACCUACGGACUCAUAAAUACUGCCGUCGCACUGGUGCCCAGGGAGGCGCGUGCUGGGAGUUGGCGCGGCAGAAGCACCUGGAUAAGCAUCCCUGUGAAGGAAUCCCUGCCCUCCUCCCUCCCUCUCUGUGACGGUGCCUGAUUCUCCCCCUUUCUCCGUCCUCCCAGCCCCUUCCGCUGUCCCUAAAGGGAUCCGAUACACUUCAGACCUUUCCCCUUCCCAUCUCUGCUCCCCAGCUUCCCUCUACCAUGUGCCCCCUUCGUCCCUGCUGGUCGUGCUGCUGUCUGCUCCUCUGUUUCUCCCUGGGAGUCCAGGGGUGCCCAGAGGCUGCCAGCGCUGCCCCUGAGCAAGUCCACCUGUCCUACCCAGGUGAGCCGGGCUCCAUGACUGUAACCUGGACCACAUGGGUCCCUACCCCCUCUGAAGUGCAGUUUGGGCUGCAGCCAUCAGGGGCCCUGCCCUUCCGGGCUCGAGGCACCUUCAGCCGCUUUGUGGACGGGGGCAUUCUCCAGCGGAAGCUCUACAUACACCGAGUCACACUGCAGGGGCUGCUGCCCGGGGUCCAGUAUGUUUACCGCUGCGGCAGCACGCAGGGCUGGAGCCGCCGGUUCCGCUUCAGGGCCCUGCAGAACGGACCCCACUGGAGCCCCCGUCUGGCUGUGUUUGGGGACCUGGGGGCUGACAACCCAAAGGCCCUACCACGACUGCACAGGGACACCCAGCAGGGCAUGUACGACGCUGUUCUUCAUGUGGGAGACUUUGCCUACAACAUGGAUCAGAAUAACGCUCGAGUCGGGGACAAGUUCAUGAAUCUCAUCGAACCUGUGGCUGCCAGCCUGCCAUACAUGACAUGUCCUGGGAAUCACGAAGAACGCUACAACUUCUCCAACUACAAAGCUCGCUUUAGCAUGCCAGGGGACAACGAAGGCCUGUGGUACAGCUGGGAUCUGGGCCCGGCACACAUCAUCUCCUUCUCCACAGAGGUGUAUUUCUUCCUCCAUUACGGCCGCCACCUGGUCGAGAGGCAGUUUCAUUGGCUGGAGAAUGACCUCCAGAAAGCCAAUAAGAACCGGGCAGUCCGGCCAUGGAUCAUCACCAUGGGUCACCGGCCCAUGUACUGUUCCAACGCUGAUUUGGAUGACUGUACCUGGCAUGAAAGCAAGGUUCGCAAAGGCCUCCUCGGCAAGCUCUAUGGGUUGGAAGAUCUUUUCUACAAAUAUGGGGUCGACCUGCAGCUGUGGGCUCACGAGCACUCGUAUGAACGCCUGUGGCCGAUUUACAACUACCAGGUGUUUAACGGCAGCCAAGAGAUGCCCUACACCCAUCCUCGAGGCCCCGUCCACAUCAUCACCGGAUCUGCUGGCUGUGAGGAGCUGCUGACCCCCUUCACCCUCUUCCCUCGGCCCUGGAGCGCCGUGCGCAUCAAGGAGUACGGGUACACGCGGCUACACAUCCUCAAUGGGACCCACGUCCACAUCCAGCAGGUGUCUGAUGACCAGGAUGGGAAGAUUGUGGAUGAUAUCUGGGUGGUGAGACCCCUGCUUGGCCGGAUGAUGUACCUCUAGGGAUGGCGACAACUCUCAUCGGGAAACCUGAGCCUUGCUACCUUGGCUGGGAUGCCAAGCCCGGGAGGGGAGUCAGGGCAAUCCCUAAUUCCUGUACUCUCCUAGGCCCUGUGUGGGGUGGAUGCAGCCCUGAGGGAGCUGCAGCAGCUCUUCCCUCCCCGAGAGUUGGGAGUCCUGAUCUGCUGUGUUGGGAGAGCAGCUGCACGGGCAGAGUGAAGCAAUUCAGGUCUUGGAUGGCACAGUCCUGCCCUCCUACAUGACACUGACUGGGCAGAGUGCCAACAGGGCCUUGGGAAUAAAGAAGCUUAUGACUGUGUCUCCGUGGACUCUGAACUUCUGCUGGGGAUGCCCCGUUGGGCCGCCUCCUCUCCUCCCAGCUGAGCAAAGGCCAUCACCAGCCCCAAGUCUGCAGGGUGGGCACGGCUGUCAUGACACCAGCCUCCAGCAGGUGGCGGCAGUGACUUUCUCCUUCAGGCUGGCCCUCAGUGCCAAUCAGAUGCCUGGCUCCAAUGCCCCAAGGAGUUCUCACCAGUGUCCUUCAUGCCUCAGUUUCCCAGCCUGGCACUGACGUAUCCUGGAAGGGGGGAAGUGUUAACACUCCUAACUUCCAGCUGGAGCAGCUGACAAGCUUAGGAGCUCAUGGGCCUGCCCUUUUCCUCCCUUUUUAAACUCCCCCCCCCCCCUUUUCCUUUCUUCCUUUCCUGUAUUCAAUCAUUAUUUACUGAGCACCUAUCAUGUGCCAGGACCUGUUCUCCAUGCUGUGAACAACACAGAGAUGUCUGCCCUCAUGAAACCGACAUUCUAUCCAGGGUGUCAGACGGCAAACAAUAAACAGAUAAAACAUAUAACAGGGUAAAUAGUGAUAAAUGCACAGAAAACGCCGGAAGGGGGAUGGAGAGUAGUGGGGGGCGGUUGCGGGUUUCACGAGGGUGGUCAGGGCGACCUCACGGAGAGGGUGACGUUUAGAUCUGAAGGAGUCUGAAAGAGGAGCCACGUGGGCAGAGCGGCCCAGGCAGAGGAACAGCCAGUGCAAAGGCCCUGAGACAGAAGCACGCCUGCCCUGUCAGAGGGGCAGAGGGAGUGAGGAAGAGUGGAGGUGAGGGCAGGGAGGUGACUGGGGCAGAUCGCGUGGGACCUUGUGGUCACGGGGAGGACUCUGUCCUUUAUCUUGAGAGACAUGGAGCCACGGGAGGGCUCUGAGCUGGUGAUGGACAGGAUCUGACUCCGGAAGUCCUAGGCGAAGGCUGAGCUCUGUCCCCUGGAGAAGCCUGUGAAUUCCUAGCUCUGCAGACUGCUGGCACAUGUAUUCCUCCAUUGUAGUGUGCAGUUUUAGCCUCCUCACAUUUUAUUUCCACUCAACCCCUACUUGGCCCAAAGCUUCUUGCAGUUUCUUUCUUUUUUUUUUUUUUUUUUUUAAUGUUUAUUUGGUCGUGCUGGUCUUAGCUGCAUUAGGUGGGUUCCUUAGUUGCAGCAUGCCUGCUCGUUAGCUGUGGGAUGCGUGCAUGUGGGAUCUAGUUCCCUGACCAGGGAUUGAACCCAGACCCCCUGCAUUGGGAGCACGGAGUCUUAACCACUGCACCACCAGGGAAGUCUCUCCUUGCAGUUCCUUGAGCCCAACAAGCUCUCUCACACUGUAGGGCCUGUGCACUGGCUUUUUGUCCUCUGAGUGUCC